AGAGCACAAGAGCGUGGAGGACCAGCCCUCCCUCUUUUCACAACAAAGACAUGCUCUUCUUCGUAGGCUGCCACAUCCUCCUCCUCACCCUCCUCAUCCCGCCGUCCAAGGUGGUCGCCGGAGGCGACUACGGGAAGGACCAUAGCGUUCUACUUUCCAUCAAAAUCGACCUCGCCGAUUCCGGAGCAGCCGCGCUCGCUGCUUGGGACAACGCCACCGAUCACUGCUCCUGGCCUGCCGUCACCUGCGAUAGCAGAGGCGCCGUCGUCGCUCUCGACCUCUCCGGGAGAAACCUCUCCGGUCUGCUCCCCUCUUCCGUCGGCGGCCUCCGCUUCCUCUUCCACCUUUCCGUCGCCGCCAACUCCCUCUCCGGUCCCAUCCCCCCGGAGCUCUCCCUCCUUGCCUCCCUUCGCUACCUCAACCUCUCCAACAACAUUUUCAAUGGAUCCUUCGCCUCGUCCCUCGGCCGCCUUGGGCGGCUCCGCGUCCUCGACCUCUACAACAACAACCUCACCGGGCCACUUCCCAACGCGGUGGCGGCAAUGUCCCAGCUCCGCCACCUCCAUCUUGGGGGCAACUAUUUCUCGGGUUCGAUUCCGCAGGAGUACGGCAACUGGAAGUCCCUCGAGUACCUUGCGCUCUCCGGCAACGAGCUCACUGGCCCUAUUCCCCCGGAGAUCGGCAACCUUUCUGCGCUACGCGAGCUCUACAUCGGCUACUACAAUAGCUACGAGGGCAGCCUCCCGGCGGAGAUCGGCAACCUCUCUUCACUCGUUCGCCUCGAUGCCGCAAACUGCGCCCUCUCCGGCCGCAUCCCGCCCGAGAUUGGCAACCUCCGGAGCCUGGAUAGCCUCUUCCUCCAAGUGAAUGGCCUCUCCGGCGAGAUACCACCGGCGUUUGGUCGACUCAAGAGCCUCAAGUCCCUGGACCUCUCUAACAAUGGCCUCACGGGAGAGAUUCCUCCGAGCUUCGCCGAACUCAGCAACCUCACCCUCCUUAACCUCUUCCGGAACAAGCUCUUCGGUGCCAUCCCGGAGUUCGUUGGCGACCUCCCCCAACUUCAGGUGCUCCAGGUGUGGGAAAACAACUUUACUGGGAGCAUCCCUCGACGUCUCGGUACGAACGGACGCCUUCAGCUUCUCGACUUUUCCUCGAACAAGCUUACUGGUUCGCUACCCCAGGACCUCUGCUACGGCAACAAGCUCGAAACGUUGAUUGCCCUCAGCAAUUUCCUCUUUGGCCCGAUUCCAGACUCCCUUGGCCGCUGCGAAUCCUUGAGCCGCAUCAGAAUGGGGGAGAACUACCUCAAUGGAACCAUUCCACAGGGCCUACUUAGCUUGCCGAAACUGUCCCAGGUGGAGCUCCAGGACAAUCUCCUCACUGGCGGGUUUCCCAGUACCGGCAAUUCUUCGAUCUCUCCUAGUCUUGGACAAAUUUGCCUCUCGAACAACCGUCUGACUGAUCCUUUGCCUCCGUCCAUCGGGAACUUCUCCGGCCUUCAGAAGUUGCUACUGAACCAGAACUCGUUCAUCGGUAGCAUCCCUCCAGAGAUCGGGAGGCUGCAGCAGCUCUCGAAACUGGAUCUCAGCGGGAACCGGUUCUCCGGCUCGAUUGCUCCUCAAAUUACCAAGUGUAAGCUUCUGACAUUUGUGGAUCUCAGUAGAAACGAACUCUCCGGCAAUGUUCCGGCCGAGAUUGCUGCGAUGCGGAUAUUGAACUAUCUCAACCUGUCGAGAAAUCAUCUCGAUGGCCAAAUUCCAGCCUCCAUCUCAACAAUGCAGAGCCUGACGGCGGUGGAUUUCUCCUACAACAACCUCUCCGGUGACGUCCCGAGCACUGGCCAGUUUAGCUACUUCAAUGCCACUUCCUUCGUUGGUAAUCCAGACCUAUGUGGCCCUUAUCUUGGCCCAUGCCAGCCAGGGACAUUGCACCCGGUUCGUACCAAAGGCGCACUCUCGGCGUCCUUCAAGCUUUUGCUCGUCAUCGGUCUCCUCAUUUGUUCUAUUCUCUUCGCCAUUGCGGCCAUUGUAAAGGCCCGAUCUUUGAAGAAAGCUAGCGAGGCUCGUGCAUGGAAGCUCACCGCAUUCCAGCGGCUCGAUUUUUCAAUCGACGAUGUGUUGAACUGCUUGAAGGAGGAAAACAUCAUAGGCAAAGGAGGGGCUGGUAUAGUUUACAAGGGCGUCAUGCCUGAUGGCGAACAAGUGGCGGUCAAGAGGCUUCCGGUGAUGAGCCGGGGAUCAUCACAUGACCAUGGAUUCAAUGCAGAGAUUCAGACACUUGGAAGGAUUCGCCACCGACAUAUUGUCAGGUUGUUGGGAUUUUGCUCCAACCAUGAGACCAAUCUUUUGGUAUAUGAGUACAUGCCUAAUGGCAGCCUUGGGGAGGUUCUCCAUGGGACGAAGGGUGGACAUUUGCACUGGGAUACAAGGUAUAAGGUUGCCUUGGAGGCAGCAAAGGGUCUCUGCUAUCUCCACCAUGAUUGCUCCCCAUUGAUCCUCCAUCGAGAUGUCAAGUCCAACAACAUCCUCUUGGAUUCCAAUUUCGAAGCUCAUGUGGCUGAUUUUGGACUUGCCAAGUUCUUGCAGGACACAGGCACCUCAGAGUGCAUGUCUGCCAUUGCUGGCUCUUAUGGUUACAUUGCUCCAGAGUAUGCCUACACCCUUAAGGUGGACGAGAAGAGCGAUGUUUAUAGCUUUGGAGUGGUUCUUUUGGAACUGGUUACUGGAAGAAAGCCUGUUGGUGAAUUUGGGGAUGGAGUGGACAUUGUGCAAUGGGUUAAGAAGAUCACAGGCUCUAACAAGGAAGAAGUGGUCAAAAUCUUGGAUCCAAGGCUUCCAUCUGUUCCCAUCCAUGAGGUGAUGCACAUGUUCUACGUAGCAAUGCUUUGCGUGGAGGAGCAGAGUAUCCAGCGACCGACGAUGAGGGAAGUUGUCCAGAUUAUCAACGAGCUCCCAAAGCCUCCACUGAAGCAGGGAGAAGACUCCUCUAGCGGCAAUGUUCCUGCAUCACCACCAGUUGCAGCCUCCUUGCAGUCGUCGCUGACCAAUGAAACUAAAGAUCAACAGCAACAACUACCAGCUUCAACCUCACCGCCAUCAGAUCUUCUUAGCAUCUAGUGCUCCAAAAUUAAAUGUUUCCUUCAGUAGUAUUUUACUUUCCUGGCUUCUAGUUGCAUGAUCCAGAGCCUUUAAAUUAGAUGUUAUUAUUGCUACAACUGGUGUACAGUUGGAAUGCCCUGUUAGUAUGCCUGUGUACCAUAUUGGUGGGGUUUUUUUCCCCUCUGCUGCCAUUACUACACUGCUUCUUCUGCUCA